AUGACAGCAUAUCUACCACAAUCUACGAUACCCAUAUUUACGACCGUUGCGUCGUACAGGGAAUGGAGGCAGAAGGCAUUCAAGGAGGGUAAAUCGGUUGGGUUCGUCCCAACCAUGGGGGCGCUUCAUGAAGGACAUCUAUCACUAGUCCGCAGGUCACUCACAGACAACGACCUAACCGUCGUAUCUAUCUUUGUCAACCCAGCUCAAUUCGCCCCGCACGAAGACCUGGCUACAUACCCCCGCACACUACCUACCGACCUCAAACUCCUCGAAGCCACUACGACUUCGUCAGAUAAAGAGAUAAAAACACCCUCUGCGGUAUUUGCUCCUACCGUCAAAGAAAUGUACCCCUCUGGCAUCGUUUUGAACGUCUCGGAACAGAAAGGGACCUUCAUCGAGGUCAAAGGCUACAGUCACCAAAUGGAAGGAAUGACCAGACCUACAUUCUUCAGGGGUGUCGCAACAGUCGUGACCAAGUUGUUCAACAUCAUCCAACCUACACACGCCUACUUUGGCCAAAAGGACAUCCAGCAAGCUUUCAUCCUCAAACGUCUCGUACGAGAUCUGCUGUGCCCACAUCCAACACCCGAGAACCUCCACAUCGUCCCAACAGCACGAGACCCAACAGACGGACUCGCUCUCUCCUCCCGCAACGCCUAUCUCUCUCCUUCAGGUCGCAAAGUUGCUGAUACCCUCCGCCGAGCCCUCCUCGCAGCGGAAGCCAAAUGGAAGGAAGGAAAUUCCACAAAACAAGAGUGCAUUGAUGCAGCUGUCGCUCAAAUCACCCAAGCACAAGAACGAAUCGCGAAAGGGGGGUUGGACGUGCAGAUGAAGCUGGAUUACAUCGAGAUGAACGACGCGGAUGACUUUAGCGUCCUCCCUUCAGACGCACGGCCAGUUGAUAGGCUCGUCAUCCUCAGCGGCGCUCUCUACGUCGACAAGACGCGCUUGAUAGACAAUAUUCUCCUUGGUGACACUGCUGGGCUUAUAGACGCGUAGUUUGAUUAACACUAAUAUUCUCCAGUGUUCUAAUUCAAUUCGGAAGGUCAC